AUGAAUCCAGGCGGUCAGGACGACCCGCCCGCCGGCGCGGCUGCCAUAGAAGAGAACAUAGAGGAGAAGCAAAGACCAGAACAGGAGGGGAUUGUCACAAAACAAGAGAAGGACACUGAAUUGCCCUCGGAAAAGGCCCCAACGACUCCAAUCUCGGGGAUUCCCCUGUCGCCCAUAUCUCAGUCUUCCAAUUCGGAUACCGGCGCCGACCUCCACAAGUACGAUUCAAAGAUCGUACAGGUUCGAGAUGGACUAGAGGGUGAUGCGGCGUUGGCCCAUUUGCCCGAGAACGAGCAAGGCGUGUUGAAGAAGCAGCUCGAGGCUCCAGAUAUCAAGGUGACUUACAAGACUCUGUAUCGCUAUGCCACAACGUGGGAUAAAGUCUUCAUCGCCAUUGCAGCCAUCACUGCCACUGGUGGAGGGGCGGUCAUGCCGCUCAUGACGGUUAUCUUUGGAAAUUUGAGCGGGUCAUUUCAAGGCCUGGUUCUGGGAAACCUGAGCGAACCAUUCGACUCCAUCCUCAAUCGAUAUGUCCUGUAUUUCGUCUAUCUGGCCAUUGGCGAGUUUUGCCUGAUAUACAUCUCGACGGUUUUGUUCAUCUACACCGGGGAACACAUCACGUCCAAAGUUCGGGAGCAGUAUCUGAGAGCGAUCCUGCGCCAGAACAUCGGGUUUUUUGACAAGCUUGGAGCCGGGGAAGUUACCACUCGCAUUACUGCCGAUACCAAUCUGAUCCAGGAGGCCAUCAGCGAAAAAGUGGGGUUGACCUUGACCGGCGUUGCUGCUUUCUUCGCCGCCUUCAUCAUUGGAUUCGUCAUAUAUUGGAAACUCACCCUGAUCUGUAUGUCUUCGGUGGUGGCCAUCGUGGUGAUCAUGGCUGCGGGAGGUCGGCGAAUGGCCGGAUGGAACAAGAAGUCUUUGGCGUCCUAUGCCCUUGGAGGCUCGGUAGCGGAAGAAGUCCUCGCCUCGAUCCGCAACGCGGCGGCGUUUGGCACACAAGACAAACUGGCCAAGCAGUACGAUGUUCACCUCCUUGAGGCCCGACGUUGGGGGAUCCGCAGCAAGGGCGCGCUGGGCUGCAUGCUCGGAUCACUCCUCUGCAUUAUCUUCUUGAACUACGGUCUGGCCUUCUGGAUGGGUUCCCGAUUUUUGGUUUCGGGUGAAACCACCCUGGCCCAUAUCCUGACCAUCAUCUUGGCCGUCAUGAUCGGCGCCUUUUCAUUCGGUAAUAUUGGUCCGAAUAUGGAGCAUUUCGCCGCAGGCGUCGCUGCAGCGGCUAAAAUCUACGCCACGAUUGACCGGACCUCGCCGCUCGACCCUUUGUCUGAAGAGGGCGGAAAAUUGGACCACGUGGAAGGGACGGUCGAGCUGAGACAUAUUAAGCAUAUCUACCCUUCCCGUCCGGAGGUGGUGGUCAUGGAGGAUGUGAAUCUCGUCAUUCCGGCGGGCAAGACGACUGCGCUUGUGGGUGCUUCGGGGUCGGGCAAAUCCACCGUGGUGGGAUUAGUUGAGCGCUUCUACGAUCCGGUGGCCGGCGCAGUCCUCCUGGAUGGCCACGACAUUAGCAAGCUCAAUCUCCACUGGCUGCGACGGCAGAUUGCCCUGGUACAGCAAGAACCGAUUCUUUUCAGUCAGACCAUCAAGGAAAACAUCAGGAAUGGCCUCAUCGGGUCCAAGUAUGAGAAUGAACCGGAAGAACGGCAAACGGAACGCAUCAUCGAGGCCGCCAAAAAGGCCAACGCCCACGAUUUCAUCUCGUCUCUUCCAGACGGAUAUGACACCCACGUGGGCGAGCGCGGCUUUCUUUUGUCGGGAGGGCAGAAACAACGUGUUGCCAUUGCAAGGGCCAUCGUCGGUGGCCCCAAAAUCUUGCUCUUGGAUGAAGCCACGUCGGCCCUGGAUACCAAAUCCGAGGGAGUCGUACAGCAUGCUUUGGAUGCGGCGGCGAAGGGACGGACCACCAUUGUGAUUGCCCAUCGACUGUCAACGAUUAAAACGGCCGACAAUAUCGUGGUCUUGCAGAAUGGGCGCAUUAUCGAACAGGGCACGCAUGACGAAUUGCUCGAGAUGAAGAAGGCCUAUUUCAGCCUCGUGUCCGCUCAACGGAUUGGUGGCGAAGACGAAGACGAAUCGGAGAAAGAGACCGAAAUCAGUGACGACAAAUUGAUUCGGAUUCAAUCGUCGAAAUCCGGACACGGCCCCGUGGUCGGUCCGGAAGAUGAAAAGCUGGCCUUGGGAAGGACUCGAAGUCAAAAAUCUGUCUCUUCCAAAGCUCUGGCCGACCAAACGGCACAUGGCGAGGCCAAAUACUCGCUGUGGACUUUGAUCAAAUUCAUUGCGCGGUUCAAUCUUUCGGAAUGGCCCAUUAUGAUUGUUGGACUCAUCUUCACUUGCAUCGCCGGAGCCGCUCAACCGGUCCAGGGCGUCUUCUUCGCCAAAUGCAUUGUUUCCUUGUCACACCCACUUUAUCUUCGCGAUCAGAUUCGUCACGAUGUGAACUUCUGGUCGUUGAUGUACCUGAUGCUGGGACUGGUGGACCUUUUGGCCAUGUGUACUCAAGGAAUCGCAUUUGCCUAUUGCAGUGAAAGCUUGAUUCAACGUGCUCGGGAUGGCGCCUUCAGACGAUUUCUGAGACAAGACAUAUCUUUCUUCGAUGAGGACGAGAACUCGACCGGUGCUCUCACCUCCUUUCUUUCAACCGAAACCACCCACCUAUCAGCCAUCUCGGGGGCCACUCUGGGGACACUCUUAAGCUGCACGACCACAUUGGUCGUCGCCAUUGUGAUUUCGCUGGCGAUCGGUUGGAAGCUAGCCCUCGUUUGUAUGACCGCAUUGCCCGUCAUUCUGGGAACGGGAUUCUUCAGAUUCUGGGUCCUCGCCAAAUUCAGUGCCACGGCCCAAAAACAUUACGAGAAGUCGGCUGGAUUUGCUUGUGAGCAUACAAACGCCAUUCGAACCGUUGCCUCCCUCACGUCCGAACGAGAGGUCUAUGCGGAGUACAAGCAGCAGCUUCGGACCCAGCUACGGGCUUCUCUCAAGUCCAACCUACGAAACUCUUCCCUGUAUGCGGCAUCGCAGUCGGCCAUGUUUUUGGCCCUUGCCCUUGGUUUUUGGUAUGGAGGCCGACUUUUGGCACGCGGGGAAUAUUCUCUAUUCCAGUUCUUCAUCUGUUUUACUGAAAUCAUCUUUGGCGCCCAGUCUGCGGGAACCGUCUUUUCUUUUGCUGGGGACAUGUCCAAAGCAAAGAACGCCGCCGCCGCUUUGAAGAAGCUUUACGAUCGCCAACCAACCAUCGACCCCUGGUCCGAUGCUGGCGAACCGAUCACGCAUGUUGAAGGAGCCAUCGAGUUCAGAGACGUUCAUUUCCGAUACCCAACACGACCGGAUGUCCCCGUUCUUCGUGGUCUCAAUCUGACGGUUCGACCUGGACAGUAUAUUGCUUUGGUCGGCGCUUCUGGGUGCGGAAAAUCGACGACGAUUGCCAUGAUGGAACGCUUUUACGAUCCGCUUGCUGGAGGUAUCUAUGUGGACGGCAAGGAAAUUUCCCGCCUUGUCCUCAAUAACUACAGAUCACAUCUAGCGCUCGUGUCUCAAGAGCCAACAUUGUACCAAGGCACCAUCAAAGACAAUAUUCUCCUUGGCGUUGACCAAGACGAAGUCACCGACGAACAGCUUAUUCAAGCUUGCAAAGACGCCAACAUCUAUGACUUUAUCAUGUCACUCCCGGAUGGUUUUGCGACGGACGUCGGAAGCAAAGCUGCGUUGCUCUCUGGUGGGCAGAAGCAGCGUAUCGCUAUUGCUCGUGCUUUACUCCGCGAUCCAAAGAUCCUACUCCUAGAUGAAGCAACCUCCGCCCUCGAUUCCGAAUCGGAGAAAGUGGUGCAAGCUGCUCUGGAUGCGGCCGCCAAAGGCAGAACGACCAUCGCCGUCGCUCACCGACUUAGUACCAUUCAAAAAGCCGACAUUAUCUAUGUCAUCGACAAAGGCGUUGUGGCAGAACAAGGAACUCAUCAAGAAUUGAUAGCGCUCAAAGGUCGGUACCGUGAGCUGGUCAGCCUUCAGAGCCUGGAAAAGAUGCAUUGA